UCUUCUUUUAUUUACACCACAUUUUGAGACACACAGUGUCAGUCCUUAACAAGCUCGAGUUUUUCCCUCUCUAAAAAGGACCAACCAGAACAUCAGUUGCUGCUGACACAUUUAUAACUGAACUAAAACACAAUGCCUUGUCUUCCCCUCCUCCUUCAACCACUGCCAACUCUCUCUUCUUCCUCCCCUACCCUUCUCUUUCUCCAAAAUCCACACCACGUCCCUUCUGUAACCUCUCUUAAAAAACCCAAGAAGAUUCUCCGCUCAAAACCUCUUAAAAUCCCACCUUUUGCCCUCACAGAAUCAUCAGACUCUCCUCAAUCUAUUGACCCUUCUCCACAACCCCUCCUUCAAGAGCUCUCUGACUGCUUUGAUCUUCCUCCAGAUUAUUUCCAACAAUUACCACGUGAUCUUCGAUUAGAUUUAAAUGAUGCAGCUUUUGAUCUUUCGAAUGGACCGGUUCUUGAUGAGUGCGGUAAAGAGCUGGGAGAACUCUUGUUAAAUCUCUCUCGAGCAUGGGAGCUGGGUGACACAUCAACUUCCCAAGCUUUAGCGAGCAAUUUGCCUAUGCUGGAGAGCUCUUUAACAAACAAUGCUAAAUCAGCAUUUGGCAAACGUUUGGUAUCUGCUGGAAGGAGGUUCCAAUCCAUGGGACAGUAUGGUCAGGGUGAACUGCAGAAGAUUGCACAAACAAUGAUUACAACGGGAAAGCUUCUUUCUGCAAGUUCAAUACCAAUGGAAACUGAUGAGGAAUUGAAGAAAGAAACAAAAGUCUUCAAGUUUGGAGAACUACAGGUUGAAAUAACACCACAGAAAGCUAAUAUUGGGGCUGUCAUUGGACUUGUAUUUGGGAUUGUUUCAUGGGAACUAGCUCAAGGCAUUCAAAACAUUCCAGAAAGUUCAUUGGAGUAUGCAAACGACAAUGCUUUACUUCUGGCUAAGUCUCUAAGAGGAGCUCUACUUGCCCUUUGCUACUCAUCAGCCUUUCUGUCUGCUUGUACCACUGUGGCACUUUUCUUACUUGCAAGACAACUCAAGUCAAAGGAAGAUUGAGGCUUUUUGGAUUAUUUUACCUCGCCUUUUAAUGUUCUUGUAUUGAAGUGGCUAGAAGUCAUCAGUUCCACCUAAAGUGAUUACAUCAAGGUUUUAGUAUUUUGUCUAACAAUGAAAGUACAGAACUGCUCAAGUAUGAUGUCAUAAUUGCCUAAUCCUUUUUUAUUUUUAUUUUUUAUGACCUACCUUUGGAAACUGUACUAGGUCAUGAGUUAAAGAAGUUUUAUUGUUUGCUUUUGUUAUGUAGAAGUUUCAAGGACUUUGAUAUACAGGUUUACAAUAUAGCUGUACAGCCAUUAUUUAUAUGUUCACACCUGCCUUUUAUUUUUGUAA